AUGGUAAUACCCAGAAUUAAUUUCACAGCGUACUCGACCCCAUCUUAUGCUAAAACAAUAGACCGAGCUGUCCAUGUGAAAAUCUACCCCAGGCCGCGGGAUCUGGCUGAAAGUAGAGGAGUACUGCGGGUACUCCAGCAGUAUGGCGACGUUGUCAUGUACAAGAAUCUCAAGCAUGAACCCGAACGCCCCGCCCCCAAUACCGCUUUUGCAGUAUAUCAGAAUACGGAUUCCGCGCAGAAUAUUAUCAAUGCUAGUCCGUUGCGCUUUGAAUUGGGAAGGGCUGACUCCAGCUCGUCCGUGUCGCAAUUCAUGCCAUCAACACCGCCUUCAGCCGAGGCAAAGGAGGACAGUGGUCCAACUCCCCAAGAAGAGUCUGAUCAUGCCCAAGAAGAAUUUGAUGAAGUCAACACCGCCCGGCAGCGGCCAAAUGACGCUUCAGGUAGAGGAACGACCUUUACAGGCUUGAGUGGGACGGUUCGAUGGGGGGCAAUGCGCUCAUUCCCCAGCACCGACGAAGCAGCGACACGCCCGUCUCUCUCACAACCUCCCAAGACCUUCACCCCCAAUCCUACUCCUCUCAAGACAUCUUCUGCCGACCUCCCAAACCCUCCCUCGGGUAUCCAACCGACCACGGCAUCCUCAUACACUCCGCGCGAAUUCCACCUCAUAAUCGAGCGCUCUAUGAUGAAUCACCAUCUCUACAUCCAACGACAGCACUACUACGCUGGCUUUACUUUAGACCUGAAGGGUGCGAUGGGGGACGAUUUGGAGGGAAGGGUGCCUGUAGCUGGUAUGGCGGACUGCCAGCUUGGGAAGCCGGAGGUACCGUUGAGAAUACGGAUGAAGCAGCGGGAAAAGAAUGAUAACAUGGGAUGGACGAGCCUGGGGAGCUUGUGGGAGGAAGGGGAGAGGGCGAGGGAGAGGAAAGCGGCUGGGGAAGUCGGUGUUGACGAUGGAACAGAGGACGUUCCCAUACGCAGAGGGGUUCCCAUACGCAGAGUGAGCAUCCGACCCCACAACCUCGGAGACUAA